AAAGUGCAUAAGGAGCCAAGCGCUCAUAUUCUGGCCAACUUAUGAGCUUCCCGAGAACAAGAGCUUGAGGGGAAGACUGUUAACUCUUUCCCGGUUGGUCUGCACUGCUCGCAAAACUCAUCGCACCCUCGGGGAGAGGCCAGCCUGCCAGAGAACUGCAGGAAUCUGCAACAAAAACGAUGACAGUCUGAAAUACGCCCCAGUGCCAACUUCCAAACUGGUCUGUCACCUCGGACCCUGACUAGGUGACAGAGCAGCAGAAUUUCAACUCCGAUAGGCUUGAAUGUUUCUGGGCAAAAAAGCAAAGCUAACGAGGGAAGAGAUUUAAAGAGUAUUGGGCAUUUAUCGAACUUUAUUCUCUGGCUGUGUGUAAAGGGGGAUUCAACUUCCAUUUUCUGCCAAGGCUCUGGGUCCAGCCACGUACCAGAAGGUUUUGAAAGCAUGAAGACAGUGAUUUUUUUCCUGUAUGUUUUGGGAACUGCAGCUGCAAUCCCGACAAAUGCAAGGUUUUUAUCUGGUCAUUCCCAACCAACUGCUGAUUCCUUGAGUUUGAUACAACAGGAUGAAGCAUUAGUAACACCUGACAGCACUACGGAGCCCAUUUUAAGGGUUGAAGAUGCAGAAAAAGAAAAGAAAACUGCAGCAUCUGUAGGAAUCCAUCCCAACAUUAAGGUUGAAAAAUCUUCAGUACAAAAGUCAAAGGAGGAAAACCAUGACCAGUCAGCAGAUCAGGACCAUAGUCACAGUCAAGAGCUGGUAUUACGUGAUGAAGAGGAAAGUGAAAGUGACUUUCGUGAGAAUUUGGAGUACACACCAACUGAAAGUGGUGUGUACCUAAAAGAAUAUGUACCUAAAAGAAGAUUGGACCUAAAAGAAGAUGUGAGUGAACCUCAGAAGAAAAAACUCCCAGAGAACAUUGAUUUUCUUCCUCCUAAUGUUAGUUCCAUUGUAGAUUUUGACCAACAAGAAACCAUCACAGAGACAGAAAAAAAACAAGAACAGCUUACAGUUGAUUCACAUCCUCAGUUGAACAGGAGUAGCGAACAUGGUGAAGACCUAAGUGAUCAAGAAAACCACCAGCAAGAUCCAAACAUUCCCAAUGGAGAAGAAGGUGAAAAGGGGCCAGGUGCAGUUGGCACCCACAAUGAUAACCAAGAAAAGGAGAGAGAAUUUCUCCCAGAGCAUUCUAACAACAAGCAGGAAGAAGACAGAACCCAAUCUGAUGAUAUUUUGGAAGAGUUUAAUCGACCAACCCAAGUAAGCAAGAUGCAGAAAGAUGAUUUUGAGCAGGUUCACCAAGAACAAGAACAGGAUAACUCCAAUGAAGAAAUGGAAGAGGAAACUAUUUCAAAAAUCAAUAAGCACAAUCAAGAUACUGAAAGGCAGAGCCAAGAGGAAAAACUUGGCCUUGAAAUUAUCAGUAACACAAAGAAGAUGGAGAAAAAGACUGUUUCUGAGGCUUUGCUCAUAGAGCCCGCUGAUGAUGGUGAUGGCCCCAGACACAGUGUCAGUGAAGACUACUUCAUCCCAAGAGAGGCCUUCCAGGAAGCUGAAAGAGCUACUUCCAAUUACUAUCACAUCAAACAUGAGGAGCAAAGAGAAAGAGCACAUGAGAAUGAGAAUGAAGGUACCAGUGAACCUGGAGAAUCCCAAGGGGCCAAAAAAGCAGAGAGCUCAAUGAAUGAAGAUGAAAGUUCAAAUGAAGGCAACAUGAGGGUGUACAAUGUUGAUUCUUGCAUGAAUUUCCAGUGUAAAAGAGGACACAUGUGUCAGGCUGACCAGCAGGGAAAACCCCACUGUGUUUGCCAAGAUCCAGAGACUUGUCCUCCUCCAAAGCUCCUUGACCAAGUUUGUGGGACUGACAAUGAGACUUAUGCUAGCUCCUGUCAUCUGUUUGCUGCAAAGUGCAGACUGGAGGGGACCAAAAAGGGGCACCAGCUGCAGCUGGAUUAUUUUGGAGCCUGCAAAUCUAUUCCUCCUUGUACGGACUUUGAAGUGACUCAGUUUCCUUUAAGAAUGAGAGACUGGCUCAAGAAUAUCCUCAUACAACUUUAUGAGUCUGACCCUAAACAUACUGGAUAUUUAAAUGAGAAGCAAAGGAAUAAAGUCAAAAAAAUUUACCUGGAUGAAAAGAGGCUCUUGCCUGGGAACCAUUCCAUCGACCUUCUCUUAAGGGACUUUAAGAAAAACUACCAUAUGUACGUGUACCCUGUACACUGGCAGUUUAGUGAACUUGACCAAAAUCCUAUGGACAGAGUCUUGACACGUUCCGAACUGGCUCCAUUACGAGCCUCUCUGGUGCCCAUGGAACACUGCAUAACUCGCUUCUUCAAUGAGUGUGACCCCAAUAAAGAUAAGCACAUCACCCUGAAGGAGUGGGGCCACUGCUUUGGACUUAAAGAAGAAGACAUAGAUGAAAAUCUCCUGUUUUAAGAUCUGAGAGAACUCAAACUUUCCAGCAUCCUCCUCUGUUCUGGCCACUUCUGAAAUACGUGCAGCCAUGACACUUGUAGAUUUAAUUUAGCAAAUGUUUGCAUGUCUGAGAGGACAAUGAGAGUAAUUGCUUGAUAACUGUAUGUACACCAGGCAUUUAACAUUAACUUUGGAAAUAAAACUUUAAUAUUAAGUCAAUAAAUGCAAAAUACUGUAUGCUGUUUGUAAACAGGAGCUAACACAUCACUCUGCAUCCAUUUGUGAGACACAUUCAUUUUGUUAAUGAUAUAAUAUGCAUGUCAAGAAAAUGGAAUAAUGCUCAUUUGUUGUGAAUGUAUAAUAUUUUCAAUGUCUUAAUACCCUAAUAAAAACUCAUAGAAUCCCAAA